UCUCUGAUUACUUGUCAUUUUAAAUUUGACAGGUGAGAAUCAAUGAAGAUGUUUCAGAGCUGGUCAGCCAUUUUGGUUGUUGGAUUCAUUCUUCUGGAAUCAGAAGGAAGGCCAAUGAAAGAAGCUGGAUAUGGCCUUAAGUUCUAUCAACCUCUGCCAAGAUUGCGACAUAAGAUGUGGACAAAAUGCAGAGGAGAAGUGGAAGCAUUGAAAGAGACAAGAUCUCACUAUAUAGUUGAGGGUUCUGUGUGCCUGCUGCAGCACACAUCCCACAGGUUUGCCACUACUUGUCUAGAACAAUGGACCUGGCAUACUACACCAAGAACUGUUGAAUGUUUACGGCAACAAUGAAAGAAAACUACCCGAAAUGGCCUUUACUAUGAGAAGCUGUUUAAGAAAUCAAAUCUGUUUAUUAGUAUGUGCUACACCUGCAGCAAUGAAGGCGAAGGAAGAUCUUCAGGUAAAGAUACAGAAAGAUCUUCAAGCUAAUCACGGCAAGAAACAAAAUGUAACCAGAGCAUGUACAGUAUGCCCUUGUCUACACAGGGAAAAAAAGAGACAGAUACAAGAAUAAUAAGCACCAUCUAAGCCAGUAGUUCCCCUUGGGGAGAGGUUUUUUUGUCUUAGCAAGAAAGAGGAUGCUACUUGCACCUGACAGAGGCCUGCGAUGCUGCCAAACAUCUUAGGAUCCACACUGAAACAGCAGUGUGGAGGGUGAGCAAUCUCAAGUCUAGCCACAGCACAUGCACGGACUAUCUCUGGAAGGACACUGAGAGGCUGCUUCUUGAAACAGAGAAUGACUAUGAGGAGCCUGGGACUGACAGUAACUUCUUUUUCACUGAAUAUCCCACUCUCUAUUAUUUGAAUUUUAAAAUCAUGAGAAGGGCUGCAGGUGUAUCUCAAUGGCAGAGUGCUUGCCUAGCUUGCCUACAGCUGUGGGUUUGACCCUCAGCAAUUCAAAGGCAAAUAAACAAAUAAACAAAAUAAAUCCCCAAUUAUUUGAAACAUAUUGUUUAGCCCAACAAAACUUUUAAUUUUCUACUGAAUAUUUCAGAGAG